AACCCUGCUGGUUUCUCUUCUUGAUACAAGCAGAUUUGCCAGCCUCCUCAGUCAAGAGAAGCAUCCCACCAGAAACAGGGGAACAGGACACUUUUAAAAGAAUGCCAAAUGGUAUGAAAAUAAAACCAGAAUAUUCACAUUUGCACCAAUCUCCAAUCUCCUGUAAGAUUCAAAAGGACAAAUGAGAGGCGGUGACCUUUUGCGAUAGCUAAAAUCCCAUGCUACUGAACAUGAAGACUUCUGAUGGCUAAAUCCCAUUAAGUUCUUUAAGUCACCCCCCAGAGCUUGGAUCCCAAUGUCUAGCAGUAAUAAUCUGUGUAAAAAUUUGAUCUAUAACCACUCUCUAAAUGUGUGGAUGAUUUGAUCAGAACGUCAAAAGACAAGGAAGCCUUGAGAGAAACGAACCUUAAUAAAGAGAACAUAACAUUGAAAACAUACAAGGCAAGGUUCCUUUUCCUGUUUACAGCCUAAGAAGUAAUGUAAUUGCCACUGUAAAAAAAAAACAAAAACACAAAAUGACGAUGAACAGCACCUGUGUUGAAGAACAGCAUGACCUGGACCACUAUUUGUUCCCAGUGGUCUACAUAUUUGUGUUUAUAGUCAGCGUUCCAGCCAACAUCGGAUCUUUAUGUGUAUCCUUUCUGCAAGCAAAGAAGGAAAAUGAACUAGGAAUUUACCUCUUCAGUCUGUCACUGUCAGACCUGCUGUAUGCCCUGACGCUGCCUCUCUGGAUAAAUUACACUUGGAAUAAAGACAACUGGACCUUCUCUCCCGCCUUGUGCAAAGGAAGUGUUUUCUUCACCUACAUGAACUUUUACAGCAGCACAGCGUUCCUCACUUGCAUUGCCUUGGACCGCUAUUUAGCAGUCGUCUACCCUCUGAGGUUUUCCUUUCUAAGAACAAGAAGAUUUGCGUUUAUUACCAGCUUGUCUAUCUGGAUAUUGGAAUCCAUCUUUAACUCUAUCCUUCUGUGGAAAGAUGAAAUGAGUGUUGAGUAUUGUGACGCGAACAAAUCUAAUUUCACUCUCUGCUAUGACAAAUACCCUCUGGAGAAAUGGCAGAUAAACCUCAACCUGUUCAGGACGUGCAUGGGCUACGCAAUACCCUUGAUCACCAUCAUGAUCUGCAACCAUAAAGUCUACCAAGCUGUGCAGCACAACCAAGCCACGGAAAACAGCGAAAAGAGAAGGAUCAUAAAGUUGCUUGCUAGCAUUACGCUGACUUUCGUCCUAUGCUUUACCCCCUUCCACGUGAUGGUGCUCAUCCGCUGCAUUUUAGAGGGCAACAUGAACUUCAGCGACGAGUCUGGAAAGCAGACAUUCACGGUGUACAGAAUCACCGUGGCACUGACGAGUCUAAACUGCGUCGCCGAUCCAAUUCUGUACUGUUUUGUGACUGAGACAGGGAGAGCUGAUAUGUGGAACAUGUUGAAAUCGUGUACUAGGAAACACAAUAGAUACCAAGGACAAAAAAGGGACAUAUUUUCUGUGUCCUCAAGAGAUAUGGUAGAAUUAGAGAUUAUGGAAUGAAAGGUGGAGGCCAUUUACAUGGUAUUGCAUAAUGGAAAUUAUAUUUUGGAAAAGAAACCUGACAUAGGAGAACCAAGUGCAAAUACUUUAGUCUACCCCAGUAGAAAUAUUUUUAAGGUACAUUGUACGACUCCUAUGUUGACUUUAUUAAGUAAGGUAUGGCAAUGUAUUAUCUUGUAUGUAUUCUAACGACUAGGCAUCAUUGAUUCAGUACCAAUUCUCUGUGCUAUAACCCCUAAGAGUCGUGUAGGACUGUUGGUCUUUAAAUCAGUGGCCAUUCUAUCUGAUGAUUAUGAUUUUUUGUUGUUGCUCUGUCUUCGGAUUUUCAGUCUGUCUGUGCCAGUUUUCUCAUCUGUAUACACCUGUCUUCAACAAAUGUAACUACUAAAUACUCCUAAUCACACUCAUUAACAAGUAUUUGAAGCCACUCCGUGCACUGGGAUUUUCCAUUCGGUACUUACUGGGGUUAUAGAAGAAAUCUUCUCAUGAACUCUCAUGGAAUUUACAUACAUUCGGGGAUGUAGUCACAGAGUCACAUAUAGUAAAAGUAAAUGGAUUUUGUAUUUUGGUCUUGAUUUCUUUAUAUUUACAGCUGCAUAUACGAUCAUUGAAACUGACAGAAGUUUCCUUCCAGACAAAUAGAUAUUUAUAGGCAAUCUUAUACUCAUAGACCCCCCCCCUUUUUACUUAUAAUAUGAAAAAGAAGUUUGAUAAAUCUUCCAAGUCUUCACUGUGGAAUUGACCCUGCCUAGUUUUAAGUAGGCCCUGGGUAGACAUUUCUUUUAAACAAAGACUAUUUGAAGGUUUUUCUACCCCACUUUCUCCUUUACUCCUUCUCUUUCUUCUCUUCCCUAUAUAUUCUUUCUCUAUAUGCAAAAAUAAUCAGCUAGUAAGUGGCUUGAUGUCACUUUGGUCUUUUCCAUUGUGAAACAAAAGCUUGACAAUCACAAGGACUGAUAUCUUUGCAGCAGGACGUGUGCAUAAAUGGCGGUACUUUUCCAUCGGUCUUCCAUGAUGAAGUAUGCACACUGUGGAAAGCUACUUUGCCUUGGUGCUGUAUAUCCAUGUGCCGCAUUUUCCAGUCAAAAUGCUGUCAUAGAGUUAAUAAAUCCUGUGUGCACUCUGAGACAUA